AUGGUUAACCUGGAAGGAAAUGGCGUACAUGUUGCACCAUGGGGAGGUAAAGGUGGAGUUAAUCCCUGGACAUUCAUCCCUAGUGGCAGGAUUUGCGAGAUCUGUAUCAGCGCCUCAGGCUGUGUAGAUUCAAUCAGGUUCACUUACAAGGAUCGUGAUAAUGUCAAACACCUUUCUGAAACAUAUGGUGGUGAUGAUGGUUCACCUCAUACGGUAUAUCUUCAGUUUACAUUUGCUGAUGAUGAGAACCUCAUCGAGAUUAGCGGAACUGUGAGAGUAUAUGGCGGAUACACUGUGAUUACGUCAUUGUCUUUCCUAACCAACAAAAAGAAGUAUGGGCCAUAUGGCACAACCCAGGGGACUAGUUUCUCGCUGCCAGUCGCUAAGGGUAGCUUUGGUGGAUUCAGCAGAAACUACGAGGAUUACCUCGACUCUUUUAGUGUCAUUCUUUAUCCCUAUUAG